CUCAGCCUCAGCAGGUUGCCGCGCGCGGACUCUGACACACACUCUCAAAAUAACUACGUGUCAAUUUAAAUAUUAAUAAAUUAUAAUAAUAAUAAUUUAUAUAAAAAUAUUGACGAACGGAUAUAAUUUAUAAUAAAUUAGGUGUUGUAGUGAGUGUUGGUUUUUGGGCGUAAAUAAUUUUCAUUCAGUAUGAGCAUGUGAGAGGUGCGCCGAUUGAAAAAGUGUGUGUGGUGGUGGUGCGCGUGGUAGGCCCCGUCGAUGGUAUGUGCCGGGUUGCGGUCGGUUGGCGGCUGCUAGGGCUGCUCGCUGCGGUCGUCGGCGCGGCCGUCGGCAGCGAGUUCCCCGAACGCGAGUGCUGCGACCUCGACUAUCCGCCGCCUCAGCCGCCCGCCGGCGCUGAGGAUGCCGACGUUGAUGCGGUGGUCACCCAACAGCCCAAUCUUUCGCAAGCUGCUAACACUAUCAUUCCACCUAAAGAUCCGAACGGCAAGGUAGCCAUCGGCAUUCUCAACUGUCUGCUCGCGCGUCAGUUGUGCUUCGAAGACGCGUCAUGUUCGGCCAUUUUGGAGAUUAUACCGCGCGUCUGCGGACCGGAACUAGUUGCCUGCUCAACAGUUACGGUGACAAAAUGUCAGGCGGCGCUGCGUACGCUGCAAGCGUUCCCGUUCUUCAAGCCGACGUGCCUCUGUCGGGAGCCGCACGUCGAUCCCGAAUGCAAUUCGUUUCGGGAUUUCCUCUUCGAUCAUCCCUGUGUGUUUGUGCUCAAAAAAGAAAAAGAUCCUUAUCCUGUGGACGCAUUGCCCACGUGCAAUCACGCACUGUCCGUCUGCCAGCAGGAGAAAAAAUGUAUCAAACUGUACGACGAUUUCAAGUUGAAUUGCAAGGUGCGAGAUAACAAAUGCCGAAUGGAGGACAGAGGUCUCUGUCAUGAUUCGUGGGCGAAUCUGCGACGCUCGCCGAUGUUCGGCUGCAUUUGCCCGAACAAUCACAUGAAAAAGCGUUGCGAUCGCAUCUUCAGCAUGGUCAACCACAAUCCGUGCGUUGACCUCCUUCCGCUCACAUCCGGCAUGCUAGAUGCACAAAAUCACGACCGCGAGUUUUUCGAAAACUUCUGGUCCCCACCGACGAAUCUCUACCCGUAUUUUCUUUUUCACGAUCCACAAAAGUCAAAAAUUGCAGACGUCGAUUCAGAUUCAGAUUCCGUCGCCGAUUUCGAAUCGGAGAAGGAAUCUGAGUCCGAAUCGGAUGAGUUUUUCAAUCCUAACCUCACUUUUGAGCACGAGCACGAUCACCAGCACCAGAACGCACCCUUCAGCACUGUAAGCACCGGCUUGGGCAACGACACCGCUGGCAACGUGAACAACCCACGUCACGUGAAGGCUGGGGUGGUGGCCGAGGAGGGCGGUUCGGUGGCGGACCUGGGGCCGCUCGGCGACGGCGACGCGGUCGAGAAUCCGCUCGUCGACGCGGCGAAUGGCCGUGAGGCGCACGCCGAUCACGAUCGCGUCAGCGUCAGCGUGCUCAAGCACCGCGCGAGGCCCCACCACGUCGACAACCCACACACCCACAACACCAACAACAACGUCGAAGAGGACGAUCUGGACCUGAUCAUGCCGCCCGCCCAGCAUCAGAAACAUCAAAGCUCCACGGAUCCGGCGAGUCGCAGUGCGAACGGCAAUCACAGCACUUCCGAUGGCGGCACCACCGCUGUGGCGGAGCAGUCAAAAGUGGUAUUUCAAAGUACAUGCCACGUGGCGAUGGAGAGCUGCCAGCAGAACUACAACUGCCGCAUGAUGCUGGCGCCCAUUUUGCACCACUGUGAUAUGUCACGGUGUAAUCGUAAUUCGUGCAUGGAGGCGCUGCAAGCGUUCUACCGGAAACCGAGUUUUCCGUGGAACAUUGAGAUUGCGUUCUGUUUGUGUAAGAAAACAGAUAAUAAGCAUGAUACGUGCAUGGUGGCGCAAGAAAAGUUACAUCCGGUUUGUGCGCAGCGCAUAGAGGGCGCUCCACAGCCGACAUGUUUGAGUUUGGCGGAAACAUGCAGGGAAAGCAAAGAAUGCAGAGCGCGUUUGGAACACUACGAGCAAUCAUGUGCUGUGGACAGUGUGACCAAAAAAUGCGCAGGGUCACCUUCAGAUUGUCGCAUGGCAAUGUUAGGUAUACUUGGGACUGACCUCAGGACCACUUGUGCAUGCAAGGGUACUGACAUGACCCAACUUUACGAAUGCCUAGGAUGGCAGAGACUCCUCUGGGUCAAUCCUUGUGUUGUUGAGUCCCAAAAAGACUUCCACCUAAAGAAAGCAGCAAGCCUCGCACAGUUAAGUACAACCUCAACCACUCCACGAACCACCCCCCGGUUGAGAACCACCCAACGUGCUGUAAUCAUUCCUACGACAACUCCGGCGCGUGCGAGUUAUACUCUUCCACAGCAAAUUACAAUGGUAGCACCGCCUGCAACUCGUCCUACGACUACCACAACGACAACCACUACAACAAAACCCACAACUACUCCAACUACUACGACGGAGUUUAUCCCUCCGACUACGACGACAAAAGCUACGACGACCACGACAACAACCACUACGACCACGACGACUACGACCACGACUACCACAAUGGCGACGACUACGCUUCCUCCGAAGUAUUGCGUUGUCCAGCGACCGCAGUUUCCUGAUCAAUAUAUUCGCGAGGGUAGUCUUCGGCGGAUUUACCACGAAGAUGAAUUCGAGUGCUCCGAUGUGUGCGAAUGCGAAGUCGGGGAGAAGCUAGCGUGCAAAACAAUUUGCAUCGAUAGAAUGCCAUGCAAGACAGAGUUUGCAUUCUACAAUCAUGCCGCUCCGGCAUAUCAAGCGUACCGCGGGCGUUGUCUGUGUUACUCGGGGCGCUUCAUCUGCAUGAAACCAGCGCCGAAUGAGUACUCCUUACCACAGGGUGUGUUCCUAUUUUUGGGUUACUCCGAAGUGGACGAGCGGGAACUCAAUAAAAAUCAUACGAAGAUUGUUAUUCAGGAUGUCGUCCAUGCGCUGCAAGAGUUCAUAUUGAACGAGGCUACGAAUGGGACGCUGUGCUCAUUGGAAUUGUUUAACACCACGAGGGAGAAUGUGAUUAUAGCCGGAAAACUUGCGCCGGAAAUAGACUACACUAUGUUGUCACCAAUGGAGAGUCUUUCCAAAGAGAAGGAAGAAUGCGCUGAAUUAUUGGAAAUAAUCAGCGAGCGAAUCAAUGGACGGCAUCCGGACUUUGCAUCGCAUCUGCUCCUCUCCGUGUUCAAAAUGGCGGAGGUGGAGAUCGUGCAGAUUGAAGCAAGUUCGACGAAUGCCCGAGUGUGCCCGGCACACAUCGCCGUCUACAUGGCGAUAGCUGCACUACUCGCCGCGCAAGUGCCGCAUUCGUGACAAUAGUGCAAUUAACUCAAUUAACGGACAGACUAGGUUAGAGGACAGUUGCGCCAUCUGGUGAGUGAGAGCGCUGCGCGCACUCUCCAACUUUUGUCAACAAGAAGCAAUUUAAUGACUUGAAAGCAACCAACAAACAAACAAACAAAAGCAACAUGAUACAUAUCAGUCACGUCAGCCACUUUUUAGACGACUCUUAUAUUGAAACUUAUAAAAACUUAUUAUACAUGAAGAUUUUAAGGGCAACACAAGUAUUUGUUUGUUGUGCAUAGUGACAAGUGGAGUUUUAGUUCACUAGUUGAUUGUUACCGGUUUAGAUAAAGACGAUAGACAUAACCUAGUUGUAAGGCUAACACGUAGACAUAGAGGAGGUUUAGGUUAGCGCAGAUAACGAAAAUAAACAAAAUAACAAAAAAAGUCCACGAAAUGUCCAAGAAAUCGCGUGUUAUUUUCUAAGCGUUAGUCAUAAUUGUUAGCAGAAUGUGUUGGAAGAGAAGAAGAUGAAGAGGGAUAUUUUUAAUGCUGUAAAUAAUUGGGAGUGAUGUGAUUAUUAUUGAUCACAGAGGACAACCUACUACAUAUCAGUGUUGACUGUUUUAAAACAAUGACUUAAGUUAGGUUAACCUAGUUUACAAUAAGCAGGUUAGUUUAAGGUUAAGUUAGGUUAUGUACAUACAACAACCUCACGUUUAUUUGAUGCUUUGCACAUUUUGAAACACUAAACACACGAAAUACAUCAAUUUUAGAUAUUGCUAAGUUUAGAUUAAAAAAGAAAAACAAAAAUAAUGAAAUUAUAAAGUGCUCAGCUUUCGUAACUUGUAAGUCUAUAAAGUCUAAAACUUAUUAUAAACCUAACCACUGAGGUUAUGUCUGACUGGUAUGAAUGGUUAACAAAAUUGUUUUUCGUGUGUAGUUUUUGACCGUUAUUAGAUGCUAGUCGCGUGAAUGUGUCGUACAAUCUGAAUAAGUCUUCCCACGUAACAAAUUAACCAUAUCAGAAUGUUUCUUACCGUAAAAUUAGCGAAUUUUCGGCGGUUGCCGACCAUUUUUUAUGACGAGUGAGUAAUGGUUUGAUUUUGAUCAUUAGAAACAAAAACGACACUUUAAGAGUUUAACAUACCGACAGGAGCUCAUAAAACGAGUGUUUUAUUGCGUGAGCCGGUGAGAUAAUAAAAAGUCUCGGCGCGGUGUUGAGCCUAAGACGAUAAUCCAAAGUUGAGAGGGUGAAAGUUGAAAGGUCUGCAUGAACAGAUUGUUUUACGUCACGCUUGACUCAACAUUUCGACCAGUUUACGACGCGUGAUAAAAUCGACGUGAUUUUUUUUAUUUUCAAAAAUCGACCGGAAAUGAAUUUUACGGUUAUGAAUGUAGGUUAUGUUAAUUUAAAGUUUUGUUUUCGCUUUCCGUAGGUCAUAAAAAAAGAACGCAGAGAGAAAAACGCGAAUGCUAAUGCGAAGGGUUAAGUGACUUCUGGUUCGAUGCUUGGUGCAGAUAUAAAAUCUGUAGGAACUUUCGGAAGGUAGUUUUAAAAGAGACAUGAAUCACGACGACAGAUAGGAUACUUUUUGUUAAACCACCCUAAGACCAGCCCUAAGAAACGUUUGGGUUUUAGAGCCGUAGGCUAAAAAAGAGCGAAGAAUAGGAUGAAAAAGGAUGUACGAAGGGGAACAAAUGCCUGAUGGCCCAAAUAACCAUUAAGCAAACUACUUUUGUCAGGCCUAAAGGCAAAGACAGCGUUUUUUAUCUCGCCAACCUCAAACACAAGAAGCGCCUCGGACAAAAAACAAUUGAAAGUCAAUAUAAAUAGAACAAUGACGAAUCAUGUUUUGAAUAUAAAAAGAGCGCUUUUUGUGUUCGGUAAUCUCUUAGUCCCACUUAGCUUCCACGCGUUUCCGGCUCAAUCAAGAAAGUUGCAGUCAAUGCCAACAUGGCUACUCAGUAUAUUACGAACGUAGGAAGAAUUACGCGAAGCAAUUUAAGCGAACGCUCCGAAAAGUCAAGUUAGUUUCCCCUUUUCCGUGCGCACAUCUAACGCGAACGUUUUUCUCGGCGAUUUUUCGUUCGUCUGUUGCGCGCCGCACGUUUUCGUGGUUAAUUCUUCGCGGCGCGAAAUUGGACGAAGAUGAAUGUCUGACGUCAGCAAACAAACGACGAUCGCGCUGCACGCGCAACAAGAUGGAUACCACACGCGCGCGCAAAUAAAGAUUACAAAGAUUACGCCGAGAUAACCGAGAUUACCGCGCUUAAGAAAAUUGCGAAUCUUUUUAGUUAAUCAAAUAUCAGGCGAUUACUCACUCGAACGACAGAUUAAACUGAAACACCUACGACGAAAAAAAGUGCAUAUCAUGUAACGAGCGCCAUUUUAAUAUUACAGUGUUGUUUGUUUUUUCCUCGAACGUUUUGGGUUUUUAUUAGGACGUGGCAAACUUUAAGCGGUUGCGUUUUAUAGUGUAAAUUUCGAUUUGAAAACUUAACACGAAAUGAAGAAACAGACGCUUUUUAGAUAAAUAACGAAUAACAUGGCGAGUUUCUCGUCGUGUUGAAAAACGUAGAUAACUUCCCACACGGCUGCCUCUGAACACCGCACAACAUACUGUAAAACACGCGAAACUUGCAGAAGAAGAAAAAUACUGAACUUUCAAUGGCACAACAAGUUUACAUUCACUGUAUGUAACACACAUUGCACACAAAGCUAUCAGCUAUUACGGUUUAUUAUAGGCCACCCAAAUGACAGCGUAGGUAACAUUUUGUUUAUGAAACAAUUUCGAAACAAAUUCGACUGAACUGAAGUAAAUAAACAUAUCGUUCAUUGUUAUUACAUUAAUACAUAAAGUAUAAAUAUUAUAUAUAAAUAAAUAUAAUAUAUAAAUAACACAAGAAUUUAGUUUCUAAGUAAAUAAGUAAUACAAUUAACACAACCUGAUCUUGAAUUGAGGUUAUGUAUGUUGUAUAGGUUAUGUAUAGUCAAUAUAAUGUAAAAUGUAUAGCUGAUUACUGCAAGAAUAAGAACUGUAACAUAACGUACGACGCACCUAAUGAUAAACAAAAGACAUUCAAUGAAGCAAUGUCCAGCUGUCAAACUUUUUGACGGUUGACAGAUUGUAUCCGAUGCUAUGCCAGAAUAUAAACAUACGCAAUUAUAAGCGAUAAAGACAUUUAAGUAGCACAAACUCUUUCUAACCUAAACAUCUAACACACUUCUCUAACAAAAAUAAUAAUAAAAAACAACUAACAAACCAAAACAAAGAUUAAAUGAUUAAACUAACUUAACAGCAGUGGAAUGUGGCGUGUCAUUAAAUGGCGUAUGAAUUGAGGGAACUCUAGCCCGUAGUUUUUUAUAGGACGAACCUUGUUAUUGAUUUGUUGGUUGAAUGAUAUAUGAGAAAUUUUAAGAUUUGUAAAAUUUGGAGCGAUUGCGAGAUGAAGUGUAAGAACUGACAACAAAUCAUAGAUUAUUUUUUAUUGAUUUAUUCGAACUCGUAAUUAAUGUCACCAACCACAUUGUAUAUUCUUAGUUUGCUGAUCAAAUAUAGCUGUGUGUUAUUGACUUAAAGUACGUACUAAAGUACUCUACUCCGAUUGCAUAGACACGUUUUGGUUGGGUUUUCUGCUAAUGUAUUUAAUUACGAUGACUAUUAACUGCUACACCUAAUGAUAUUGAUACUGAAGGAAUAGACAACGGAUGAAUGUGCAAUAAUUGGGGUAAAUGAUGAAAAUGAUGAUAUAAACUGUUAAGAAUGUUGAGGAUAACAUACUCAUUGAAUAAAAAAUCAUGAACUAAUGAAAAUUAUGAAAUAUGAAAUAUGAGAAAAUUAUAAAUAAAUAAAUUGUUAUAAAUCUGAAGAAA